AUGUCGGCCUCUGAAGAUCUCAUCAACUUCGACGUGAUCGAGACGCAAAAGGAAAAUAUCCAGUCUCUCCCAGGUGGAAGGUCGGCAAAGGCUUUGGCCCAGAUAUUUUCCUCCGGAAGCAAUGGCGAUAAAUAUGCAUCGCCCUCGCCAAAUGAGACGCGGACAUUAAACGAUGCUAUCAGACAAGAGUACGAAGCUGAAAUCCAAGCCAGCGCCGAUUCAGACGAUCCGCUUGAUGUAUACGAUCGGUACGUCAAAUGGACAAUGAACGCCUACCCUUCAGCACAAGCAACUGCAGAGUCGGGGCUUCUGUCUCUAUUGGAGCGGGCGACCAAAGCCUUUCUCAACUCAACACAUUAUAAAAACGAUCCGCGAUACCUACGACUGUGGUUACAAUAUGUCAGGCUCUUCUCAGAUGCUCCACGUGAGACGUUUGCUUUUCUAUCACGUCACAACGUAGGCCAAGGUCUUGCACUAUUUUACGAAGAAUUCGCCGCUUGGCUUGAAGGGGCCGGUAGAUGGGCGCAGGCAGAGGAGGUUUACAAACUGGGUUUGGAGCGAGAAGCACGUCCACAGGAGCGUCUUCUUCGAAAGUUUGGCGAAUUCCGAACCCGAUUUGAGCAACAACCACGAGGAAGCGACGGUCCAUCCUCUCCCGCUUUGCCGACCGUUCGUGCCGCAUUGGCAGCAAAAGUCGAUCCAUUCUCAACAGCUCGAACGGCACCUGCUGAUCCUCAGGGACCACAAUCCAGGGGCGUUGGGGGAAGCACAACAAAGAAGUCAGGGAAACCGAAAAUGGCCAUAUUUGCAGAUUCCGACGAGGCAUCUUCCCAGCCUGCAGUAAGCGGGCAACCCGCGGGUUGGGAUAGCAUUCAAUCAAUUCGUGACAGGCGAAAGGAGAACACGGUCGAAGCAAAACCAUGGGCCGGGGAGACGAUGAAGUCGGAAAAGCAGCGUGCACCCGUGCAGAAAAUGGCUAUAUUCAGGGAUGAGUCAAAUCGAAAUACACCAGAUGAUUCAAAUAUUCCAAGUGCACAAAAGCACACUCCCGAGCACCAUAUUAGAGAAGCUACCAAUCCCCGGACUGGUAGGAGAGAGCGUGUUUUUGUGAAUCUAGAGGCUGUUUAUCCGGACUACAAGGAUCCUAGCCAUGAAAUCUGUUUGGAAGAACUCCGAGCCUCCCACAGAGGGUGGCUAAAGAAAGACUGGAGCAAAUCGAGCAAGCCAUUGCGAGAAAUCCCCACCAACGCAGCCGGACGUGCCUUGGAGCAUUCGGAAACGAAUAAUGAAACCAUCGAGCACAAUCUUACUGAUGAACUAAAGCAAAAGCUCACUAUUGACGGGAAGCCAUCCCACCAUGGAGAUCGUGAGGGUAAGCUGUCCAAGGUCAAGAAAAUCAAAGUACGGGAAAUCAACGAGACCCAAACCGUCAAAACAAAUCUGGACUCCCCUGCGAAGCCCAAGAUAAAACGCAAAAAUGUUCGGGAACCGACUAUGACGAUUCACACCCGCGCUGCUACGGAUGAAAUCUACAGUAUCUUCAACCAACCGUUAAAGUCAGAAACCGCAGGAGAUGAUCAUGGAGACAGUCUCUUUGAUAGCGAAUUUGAAGACGAUGAUUACACCAGCGGCGGAGAGAGCACUGCUACUGGCAGGAUGUCGGCUGGAACGAGCGAAUUUGGUGACGACGACACCAGCGCCUUACAACGAGGAAAUGAGGACGAAGAGGAAGAAGAGGAGGACGAUGAAGAUGUUGAGAACGAUGGAGAAUGGACCGAAUUCACAGCAAGAAAACACAUCCCCCAACUUCCUUCCGAAACACCCAGAGCAGACGACGACAGGUAUAUUCCGGAGAUGCCGGACAACUAUAAUCCGCCCGUGGGGAUGUAUCGUGAUGCCGCAAUAAUGGCUCAGAAUCGGCUACCUUUUAUGACGCCUAUAAUCGAGAAGACUGAAUCUUCGCUGCCCUCGUUUACUGCGGCAAAAAGUCGCCUUUAUGACACAAAAACACCGUGUAAAACCGUUCCAGAAGUCGACUAUACACCUGAUAGGUCACCUGUCGGAGACUUACUUCUCCCUACUCCAGAUGCAGCAAAAGCGAUCACCCAUCUUCCGGAAAUUCAGUCACCAAGCCCAGCAGUCAAGACACUGCGACGAACCCCUGUCAAGGCAUCUUCAUCACCCAGGCCAGCCGACAUCGCCGCAAUAAUUAAAGAAGAGCAAUGCGAUCCUACAGACAUUGGAAUCCGCAAAAAGAUUCUCAGGUCGGCCGAACCCCCUCUGGCGACGUACGCGGGGUACCACGAUAACUCAUCCAUCUUCGGUGCACAUGCUGGAGACAUUCAGAAAUACUCGAAAGCUCUGAAGAGGCCAGGGAAGAGCGGAGACAAGUUGUCUUUCCCUGCUCCAGUUCUGGAGUUUCCCCAUGCUGACAGGACAUACGCCAUCAGACGAGAAGUCGGGGCCGGGGCAUAUGCGCCAGUUUAUCUUGCAGAGUGCGUUCAAGAUAACGCUGGGUGUAAGGACGAAGCUCAACGAGGAGGUCUCGAAGCCAUCAAGAUGGAGAGGGACCCUCCUAACGCAUGGGAGUUUUAUAUGAUUCGAACUGCACAGGAUCGUAUUGCCGCCACGCCAUCCCUAUCCCGUGCGGCAGACAGUAUUGUCAGAGCCCAUGAGCUUCAUCUUUUCAAAGACGAAUCAUUCUUGAUAGAGGACUAUCGAGGACAAGGCACACUUCUGGACUUGGUUAACAUCAUCAGAACAGAUGUUAUGACUACCACAGGCAACGCUGAAGCCGGCAUGGACGAGGCUCUUUCCAUGUUCUUUGCUGUUGAAUUGUUCCGAACGAUCGAGGCUCUUCAUACCUGCGGUAUCCUCCAUGGAGACGUCAAACCCGACAACUGUCUCGUUCGGUUUGACAACAUAAAGAACCACUUUUCUUCUUCCUCUUCCUCUCUCUCUUCGCCACCCAGCGAAUCACUUCUCGACCUAGCAGAUGAAGACACAACAACCGACACCAGCGAAGCACACUAUUCCGCACGGGGCCAAUGCGGCUGGCGCGAAAAGGGACUUAUGCUGAUCGACUUUGGCCGCGGCGUCGACAUGAAAGCAUUCCGACCCGACGUCAAGUUUGUGGCCGAAUGGGAAAUGAGCCAGCACGACUGCAUCGAAGUACGCGAGAUGCGGCCAUGGACAUACCAGAUCGAUUUGUACGGCGUCGCGGUUACUAUCCACGCAAUGCUCUUUGGCAAAUACCUCGAAUGCGUCCCCGUCGAUUCGCGCACUUCUAGCGGUGGUCGGGAUUCUUUCAAUAACCAGCAAUCGUCCGACGAUGAGAGUGGUCUUUCCAAACGCUACCGCGUCCGUGAAGCGUUUAAACGAUACUGGGACCGCGAGAUUUGGACCGACGUGUUCGAUCUGCUGUUGAACCCUUGCAGCGAACGGUGGACAAAACUGGAGUAUCAACAGCAGCAAGGCACAUCAUCACCUGACGAUACUACUACAGCCUCACCGCUCCCCGUGCUGCACUCGAUGAAACUCGUCCGCGAAAAAAUGGAGACAUGGCUCACAGCAAAUGCUGAGAAGAAAGCAUUAUCGCACCAGAUUCGCAAACUGGAAGCCCAUUUAUCGCGUCGAAAGGAGAAAUUGGAAAAAGACCGGUGA